GACGUUCCCUGUUGGCGGCCACGGCCCACGGGACUUGGGAGUCUCCUCUCGGUGCCGCCGCACGGUCAUCCGCCUCACCUGUGCUUUCCUGAAAAUACGGGGCAGUUGUCUCAUCUGUGAGUGCCUAACGGGCUGUCCAUAGGGCCUCCCAGUAGAGGAUUCUCGCAGCUGCAAUGCGAAAUAACUUGUGUCUUGGCAUGCGCAUGCGCCGAAUCCCAACUCGCCAGUAUUUUCGCAGCUCAGAGAUUUCGCAGGACGUGACGACACCGGCGGCAUGAGGGCAGUGCUUGCCUUCCUCCUGGCUCUGUGCCUUGCCCUGGGUGUCAGUGGAGGUAAGAAGUUCAAGGUAGAUCCGAAGAAGAGCAAAGUAUACGGGCCCGGCCUAGAACCUCACAAAAUCGUGUACCCUGCGCGGUAUUUCUUCAUUGAAUCUCACGACACCAAGGGCAACAGAAUCCAGAAAUCCGUGGGUGCGAAUUCCUUCAAGGUGCAGGUGGAGGGACAGAGCAGCGAGGGCACCUACUGCCGGGUGUGGGUUCAGGUGCUGGACCGUUACGAUGGCACCUACGUGGCCAGGUACCGCACCUACCAGACAUGCCGGGACACCAUCAUCCACGUGCUGUACAACGGCCAGCAUGUCGGUGACUCGCCCUACAAGAUACAAGACCCAGUGUAUUCAGAGCAUUGCUACUGCCCUGAGGGUGACAUAGAAGCAUGGCAGGAGGCAGUGGGAUGUCCAGCUGAGUACCCACAGGUCACACGAGACUUGUCCUCCUUCCCUCAGGUGGACUUUGAUGCUAUCCUCAGUGCAGCAGCCAAGCGUUUUGAUGCUGCGGGGUCACGGAGCUUCUGUAAUUAUGUCGUCAAGGAUAAUCAAAUGUAUCGGAAAUGUUACGGUCAGCAUGUCGGUUUCAACAUGUUCAUGGACAACAUACUGCAGUCAUUGUUGCGUAAGAUGCUCCUCCCUGACAUGGAGUUCAUCAUCAACCUGGGUGACUGGCCACUGGUGGAUCCCAAGGUAAAACCGCUGCUGCCAAUCUUCUCGUGGUGUGGCUCUGAGGACACAGCAGACAUCAUCAUGCCAACCUACGACCUGACGGAGGCCACUCUGGAGAUGAUGGGAAGAGUGACACUUGAUAUGCUGUCCGUUCAAUCCAACAACGACAUACCUUGGAGUGUGAAGAAGCCCAAGGCAUUUUGGCGCGGCAGAGACUCACGCAGGGAACGUCUGGACCUCAUUGAUCUGGCCCGAGCACACCCUCACCUCUUCAAUGCUUCCCUUACCAACUUCUUUUUCUUCAAAGAGGAGGAAGAGCAGUAUGGACCAAAAGAAAAGCACAUUUCCUUUUUUAACUUCUUUGAUUACAAGUACCAGAUCAGCAUCGAUGGAACGGUGGCUGCCUACAGACUGCCUUACCUGCUGGGUGGCUCCAGUGUGGUACUAAAGCAGGACUCUCCUUACUAUGAGUUCUUCUACCACGAACUGAAACCAAACAUCCACUACAUUCCUUUCAAGCGGGAUCUCUCAGAUCUCGUUGAAAAGAUUGAAUGGGCAAGAGCAAAUGAUGAUCAGGUAAAGAUAAUUGCUGAAAAUGGGAGGAAAUAUGCCCAGGAGAACCUGAUGCCCAAAGAUGUGUACUGUUACCAUGCUGCCCUGUUCAAGGAAUGGAGCAAGAGGCUCACAUCAAAGGUGCAGGUGCGUCCAGGCAUGGAACAUGUGCCCAUUGAAGAGCACGAGAAGCGGUUUGGUUCUUGCCGGUGCCAUCGUCUUGCCCGUCACGAUGAGUUGUGAGUUUAACUUUAGAGAGACAGGAGGAAGAUGAGUGGUGGCAGCUCUUCCCUGGCCUGAGUGACUUACAACAGGUGAACAAUAGGCAGCUGUUGUCUAUCAUUGUUACACCUCCAGAUGUUCAAUGCCAUCCUCAUUUUAUCAUCCGUCCCACAGUGGUGCUUACCCUCAACCUGAGAAUGCUCUUGUGAUUGAUGGGAUUAUUUUUCUGCCUCCUUGAUGACCAAGAGCUUUGUUCAUUGUUGUAGGUCCUAGUGAUACUCUUUCAACUGCAAAUAGGUAUUUUUUCAUAUACAGGCAACCCCCGCUUAACGAAUGGGUUA